AUGACACGAGGUUCCACAAGGAGCCCUACUGGUGCCUCGUCAACGAAGCCCAAGCUAGAGCCAGUCCAACCAGUCAGCUGUUUAAUCUCGGUGCUGUCGGCUGUACGAUCCUCCUCUCCAAGACUUCCUUACAAAAAUCAUAAAAUGGCACUGUGGCGGACCAUAGGCCUAUCAUCCAGAGGCACUGUGGCACGGUGUAGUCUGCAGAUUUCGUCCAUAAGGAGUCUGUCUGCGGCUACCAACCAGGAACCGGUUUACGAACUACGAACAUACACAGUCUAUCCAGAUAAGAUGCGGGAGUACCUGAACAUAACCAGCGAGGAAUUCCACUUGCGAACCGCCCACUCGAAGAUCUUGGGAUUCUGGACCUCUGAGAUCGGCGGGCUGAACCAGGUCGUUCACAUAUGGGAGUAUGAGAGUCUGGCCCACCGAUCGACCGUAAGGGCGAAAUUGGCAGGCGACAAAGAGUGGUUAAGCAGAUACGUGAGUCGAGUGGCCGGCAUGUGGCAGCAACAGGAGAACAGCCUCAUGACCCUCCUACCUGGCACCUCCUUGGCACUCCCCUCUGGCACUGGUGUCUACGAGAUCCAGACGGUGAACCUCCAGGGCGCGGGCUGGUCCGGCGCCCUCAGGAACUACGUGAGGGCGUGCGGGGAGGGCGAGGGCGCGCGGGCGGUCGAGGGAACGGCGCUGGUCGGGGCGUGGAAGGGCGUGUUAGGACCGGCCA